GCACAGACAGAGGGAACAGAAAUAAAUAUUUCAUCAUAAUAAAUGGUAACAAAAUGUAGCGACAAUGAUAAACAAUUAUUUGAUUUGCUAGACUUUACGUCAAUGAAAUAAAUUAUAUGAAACAAGCAGUCCGUGACCCUUCUGUAGGUGUUCAGAAAUGUAGGAAGCAAAAAACAGAAGUCGACACGCAAUGUUGAAGGUACAAACAAUGACAACGUGACCGACAUGAUCAAAACAUAGCUCCAAGAAUGAACCAAAACAUCACAGAUUGAUGCGCUGUAACAGUGAAAGGGUAUCUGAGGGUGACAUUUUCUUCCCAGGGUUUAAGAGGCAAACUGGAGUUUGGAAGAUCAUUACUUCCAACUCCUGUACGAUCCAAGAAACCCUGAGCAGAGGAAGUGAAGCAGUGUUAUUCUCCUCUCAUUCCUUUGAUGUUUCCCAGAACAAGGCAUUUAUCUUCCAGUUACUCUGCUAGAGCUAAUCAGUUAUCAACAGUCGAGGAAGAGGGCUUUUAUUUGAAGCAGUUCUCAGGUUUGAAUCAUGUGUGGAGCUCAGCUUUUAUCUGUAUCUAGUCCAGCAGUUCAUGACUGUAAAUAAUGUGUUCUUUCUCAGUUUGCCUAAAGUUGCAGAAGAUUUACAAGUAACUCAGCUGCUUGCACUGACAACCUGCCAGCAGUUAAUUUGCCAAAAAAGAAUAAUAAACUCAGAGAAAAAUUUGCUUCAAACUGCUCAAGAUCUAUGUUCACAAGACAUUUCUACCAUUACCUGACCGUAAAUGUCUUUUCAUUUUGGGAAGUAGAACAUUCUGUUCAUUUCAGACGCAGACGGCCGCCAUGGCUGAGCAAUAUUAAUAAUUGCACCUGUGAUGAUGACAGAGCAAUAUAGCCUCAUUUCAGCCCUGAAGUGGCACAAGGUUUCCGUGUUGUCUCUGCUGAGGCAAGCUGUGGCCAUUUUAAUGCAUUUAUACUGAUUUUAUCUACAACAAUACAGCCACUCAAAUCCUGCCUCCAUUGCCUGCACCACUGAUUCUGCCAUUGUGAAGGGGAAAAAAAACAUCACUAAAACAUUUGCAUGGAUAUUGCCAAAUGAAUAUCAUUUAUAGUCAGUGAAUUGAAUCUGUUGUUAUUAAGGCCAAGAAAAGGCCAUAUCUUUGUUAUUGUGACCAUUGGGUAAUCUGAUUGAACCUGUUGAGAACUAGCUGGUUUAUCCUGAGGAGAAGGGACAUCAGGGUAGAUGAGGUGUAAAAACAUAAUAAAAUGAGGAUGGAUCAUCUUGUGUUGUCACAUUACUGAACAACCCUUUCAGAGAUUUAUUUCUAGAGUGUGUAAAAGAAGUAUUUUGCCCAUAAAAUGUAUUUUUCUUUUCUACUAUCAUCCAAAUACAAACACUGACUAAGUUUUAAGGACUUAAAAUAGUUGGCUCGCAUCAGUAAAAAUGGAAAAUGUGGACAGCUUGAUGAGUAUGAAGUAAAAACAGUUAUUAAGAGAAAAAAAGACAAUGAUGAGAAUUACUGGCUUGAGCUCUGCCAGCAUCAAAAAUUAAGUCUGCUCUUUGUUCUUUGAGAUAUUCAAUUUUGGUUAAUUAUUCACACAACAAAUAGACAUGCAUUGACUAUCAAUUAACUCUGCAACCUCUAUCUGACUUUGAAUGCGUUAAAACGAAGGGAAAGUCUACUCAGUGACAUUUAAAAAGUAAAGAUUUUAUAGGAUAAAUGCAGCUUUUUGUUCCUGCAAAAUGUAGAAAUUGUGUUCACAAUUACCUCAUGAAUGAGGAAGAUUAUUCUAAACUUGACCUAAUCUGGGUUUUUGUGCUUCGUGCUGUUGAUACUGCACGUCGUCUGUUAUAAGAAGAGCUUUGGGAAUUCAAAUCAGAUUCUUUUUAUAAGCCACCACCCCAGUCGUCUCCCUUGUUCAUGCACCGCACUUGAUAGCUUCAUGGGUUGGGCAGAUAAAGAUAUAUGGAAACACGUGACUGAGCUUGUAGGAGCGACGCUUCAUAAGUGUGAGGACACAGAGAGAAAGACUGGAGAGACGCUGGAGCAGCAGCAGCAGCCUGUAUCCACAAAGCAGGAGCGCACUCCAAGAGCGACAAGACACUUCUACAGACAUUUAAAAAAAACAAAAAACAACUUAUGUUACACGUAGAAUUUGACAAAGAAACUCAUUAUGAUAAUAACAAUGAUGAUUUCAUUCUAACACAUGCACACUGGUUGUUUCUCCUUUUAUGUAAGAUCAGUGUUGGUUGGAUGAUGCGCUUCUGACUUGGAUUAACGCGCGGUGAUUAAGGGCGAUUCUGCGCACUUGGAAAAAUUAUGUUGUCCAGGUGUCUUAGACUGCAGUAUUACCCUCAGACACAGCCAUGAAAUCCGUGCUGGAUGGUGUGGCGGACACCACCUUCCGGACUAUUACAUCUGGUUUACAGUAUCUGGGCUCCAACGACGCCAACUAUGACGACCCCAUCAAUGAUGUAGACUUCAAGGGCAGCUUCGCCCUGCAGAAGCCCUUAUCUGCUUUCCGCAGCAACUCCUUCCCAAACAAAGUACCUGCAGAUGAGGAGCUGAUCCUUAAAGGCAUCCCUUUCUUCCCCACCAAUGCCACAGACUUGUUUGGCAACAGGAGCACAUUCAGAGAUGAGACAAACAAUAUACAAUGUGGGGAGAACUUUAUGGACAUGGAGUGCUUCAUGAUCCUGACUCCCAGCCAGCAGCUGGCUGUGGCUGUGAUGUCACUGACUCUGGGUACCUUCACGGUGCUGGAGAACUUGGUGGUGCUCUGUGUCAUCCUGCAGUCCCGCACCCUCCGCUGCCGGCCAUCCUACCACUUCAUAGGCAGUCUGGCUGUGGCUGACCUGCUGGGCAGUGUUAUCUUUGUGUACAGCUUUCUGGACUUUCAUGUUUUCCACAGGAAGGACAGUCCUAAUGUUUUUCUCUUCAAGCUGGGUGGAGUCACGGCGUCUUUCACAGCUUCUGUGGGGAGCCUUUUCCUCACUGCUAUUGACCGCUACAUCUCCAUACACCGGCCACUCGCCUAUAGGCGCAUCGUGACACGGACCAAGGCUGUCAUUGCCUUUUGUAUGAUGUGGACCAUCUCCAUCGUCAUCGCAGUGCUACCUCUGCUGGGCUGGAACUGUAAACGUCUCAACUCUGUUUGCUCAGACAUUUUCCCUCUGAUUGAUGAGAACUACCUAAUGUUCUGGAUCGGGGUGACCAGUGUGCUGGUUCUUUUCAUUAUCUACGCCUACAUAUACAUCCUGUGGAAAGCACACCACCAUGCUGUGCGCAUGCUGAGCCGCACUUCCCAGAAGAGCCUUGUUGUAUAUUCAGCAGAUGGGACUAAAGUGCAGACCACACGCCCUGAGCAGGCACGCAUGGACAUCCGUCUGGCCAAGACCCUGGUGCUUAUCCUGGCGGUGCUGGUCAUCUGCUGGGGCCCACUGCUUGCCAUCAUGGUCUAUGACCUCUUCUGGAGGAUGGAUGAUGACAUCAAGACAGUGUUUGCAUUCUGCAGCAUGCUCUGCCUGCUCAACUCCACUGUCAACCCAAUCAUCUACGCCUUGAGGAGCAAGGAUCUGCGGCAUGCCUUCCUCAGCUCCUGUCACUCCUGCAGGGGCAGUGCCCAACAGUUGGACAAUAGCCUCGAGUCAGACUGCCAGAACAGAAAUGCCAACAUUUCUGCCAACAGGGCUGCAGAGAGCUGUGUGAAGACCACUGUGAAAAUAGCCAAAGUAACAAUGUCUGUUUCAACUGAAACUUCUGCAGAAGCUGUCUAAUUGGCCGUCACGGGGGAAACUGUGUAAAUGUCAUCUUCCCCAAAACAAUGCCAUUCAACACAAUAAAACAGAACUGAAAUAUUACAGAAGAAAAAAAAAUCCUCUCUUGAAAGUACUGACUUACAUCCUCACAUAGACGCUUUAGUGGUUGCAUCAUUUUACGUUAGUGUGUGAGCACAUAGUGUGCCAAAGUGCCAAAUGGUAUUGCAAGGUCAUAGAAAGGACUAUUAAAGACUAUCAUAAGUCUGCUGUUUAUCAUAGACUUCAUGAUAUCCAAUUAGUGAAGGCAUAUUAUAUUUUUGUACUGUGAAUUCAGGUUUUGAAAACAAUAUAUCUUCAUUUAUGGGAUAAGGGGCUACUGACAUUUUUAAUUAGAGAUGUUUUACUGUGUCAUUUAGACUUUAACAUGUGUCUUGCACCAUAAUUAUAACAAAUCCUCGCGCCUUGACUUUCUACAGGCUUCAUGUACAUGUUGCGUAUAGACAUUUCUAUAAGCAAAUGAUUUUAAAAAAUGAUUGUUUAUUUCCAAAAUUGCCAUUAAACAUGUCAUUUUUGUACUCCUUCUGACAACACUCAGUGAGUGGCAAAUGUGUGAAGAGAUUUUGAGAAAUGAGAGGUGAUUCAUGCUCAAGAAAAAAAAAAAUAUCACCAUCAAAAAUAAACAAUACAAUUUCAUCUCUGCAUAGAUGGAGGUAAAUAUAUAUAUACAGCUUUUGAGUAUAUAGUAAAUCCACCUGAAUCUGAAACGGUAUUUUCUGUGGCAGAGUGACGAUCGUCCCUGUUGUCCAUUUCUUUACUCGCUGUUAGACCUUUAGAGUAAUGUGUCUUUGUUCAAAUGUAUACCUAACAACUGUACAGUGUUUUUUCUUGCAAAGUAAGGUGUUUAAAUCGAUUCAGCUAUACAGCCGACAAGACAACAACAAAAGAAGCUUUUGGCCAAAGCUUGAACACAUUCAUGAAAGCUGAAUUUGGAUGCAGUGUGCUGGUCACUACUGUAAAAAAAACAAAAAACAAACUGAAUGGUUUCUGACUAUAGCUGCUCUCAUCAAAUGUAUGAUUUUACUGGAUUCAGACUUGUAUGUAUGUGAUACCUUGUGACUUGGUGAUAUAUUUCCAACCCCAAGCCUUUGAUCAUUGCAGUGAGUUGUUUUAGUGCUACUGUUGCAGCGGGGCAUCAUUUCGGAAAAUAAAAGAAACCCAUGCACAGGCCUAGUGAAGUACUUUUGGCGUAACUCUAAAUAAAAUGUCUACUGUUAAUUUUACUUAUCUAAACAAAGAGACGAGGGUCUUUUCAUUAGCUGGUAACUUGAGUGGGAGUUUGUGUGUAUGCAUUGUGUGGAGAAUCGACAUCUGGCCUUACAAAAGAAUCUGAGAAGAUGUGAUUUUCUAAUAGGUGAUGUAGUACUUUUAAUCUAAAAAUCUCACAGCACAAUUGUUCUGUAGACAUCUUAACUUGGUGUAAAGUUAUCCAGACUGUUUAUCAGUAUGCUUUGCUGCCUCUUGUAUUAUUGAGUAUUGAAGAUCAAAAUGUCAACUGUCAAGUGGCUUCUGUACAGUGGUGGCAUAUUGAGGAAUCGAUGACUUAAAAAAUCACGAUCAGUCAAGUGUUUUUAGUAUUGCUGUUUUCAAACUUUUGAAAUAAAGUCACAGCUGGUUGUCAUUUUGCCUGCAGUUAUUUGAUUGAUUGCUUGAUGAUGAGAAACAGCAGCUCAACUCAACAAUUUUGCUCAAUUUAUCCAACAAUCACUGCUUCCACAGGAACAGAUAAGAUGAAUCUAAGCCCUGAGCUGUUGGCAACCUGAAGGCCAUCAGUGAUGUUUUAGUGCCCCCUAGUGGAAGAUCUGUUAACCUAUUUGUGAUGUGCAGCCUUUUUGAGAAAAGAAGCAAUUUCUACACUAUAUUUUACCUUUGUUACUAUUAACGUGGUUACUUCUUUUAACCUCGGAAAGUGACA